AUGGGAAGUGGUACUAGGAGAGGAGAGCCAUCGUCCGUUUCAGAACAAAAUGCACAGAUCGAGAAGGACUGGCUCAAAGAGAAUCAGGUACCCAAGGGGCCGAGGGCCGACCGGCAGGAGGGAGAGGAGGCAUCAGCCGUCCCACAACAAGAUACACAACCCGAAAACGACCGGAUCAAAGAGAAUCAGCAGCUGAUACCUACGGAACCAAAGGCUGACAGACUAGCGAAGACUUGGCAGACAGGAACCAGGCAGACAGGAACCAGGCCCGUUCCCGAACAAGACACACAUAUCAAGAACGAUCGGGUCAAGGAGAACCAGCAAUCAAUACCCACGGAGCCGAAAGCUGACAGACUGGCGAAGAGUCGGCAAAGAGAAAUUGAACGAGAUCUUUACAGACAUGCUGCAAGACGAGCAUACCACCUUCUCCGUCCUAUACAGAAGCAUCCACGCCGGGAAAGCAUAGAACAUCCUACCCCGAUAUACCGUCGUUCACGCUCACCCGAAGAAGAACGAGAAUUUAAUUCUUCUUUUCCCCCACUUCCCUCAUCACCAGCAGCGAACGUAGGUCCGCCGCCGGGAAACCAAACACCAACAUCUGUCCCCGCAUCUGCCAGACCCGCGCGAAGGGAAGCAUGUUCGACCAAUCCUACGGAGAGGACAUUUCGCAAGGUAAGCGCGGCUUCAACGUCAACACCAACGGGCUCAACGGAGGGUGACGACGGAAACCUCUACGAUCCGGAUAAGACUGAAGAGGAGAAAGAGAAGAUUCGGCAGGAAAUCAAUGAGCACAAUAGGGGCCUGCUGGACCCGCCAUGGUCCGGUCCGAGCCUGGGUUCUGAGAUGCAGGACAUUCAGCGUGGUUAG